AUGAGUCAACCUGCUUUCUCUUCUGUUGCGUUGACCCUUAACCAGAGCGAAAAUGAUGGCAACUUAACGGACAACACCUGCGCCCAACUGGUUGAGAGGUCCCUCGACAGUUUCCUACAGUAUAUUGAGAAGAGAGUUUCAGGCUUGUUUUCACCGUCAUGGAACACCGCCUUGGAGAACUCCUUGCUUUGGAUAACAGGUUGUAGACCUUCCCCAUACAUUCGACUCACUUAUGCACACUGUGGGUCACAGGUGGAGUACCAGCUCAGUGAAAUCAUCCAGGGCUUAGCCUGGGGAAACCUUGGCCAGAUUUUGGCAACGCAGCUUAGAAUGAUAAAUAAUUUGCACAUUAAGACGAUCGAGGAAGAAGAGAAGCUUUCGAGUCAGUUGGCCGGCUUACAGGAGAACAUAGCAGACCAACCAAUUGCCAUGGUUGCCAAAAGGAUGAGCCGAGUGGGUGAAUCUAGUGGGAAUGUAGAUCAUGCACUGGAUGAACUCGAGAGCUCUAUGGCGAAUAUACUGCAGGAGGCUGACAAGCUGAGGCUAAGCACCCUCAAGGAAUUACUUGCCAUAUUGACACCAUUGCAAGGCGUGGAUUUUCUUGUUGCGAGUAAGAAGCUUCACCUUUGCAUGCAUAAGUGGGGAAAAACAAGAGAUAAUAGGCAGGGUAGGAGAUAA